GCCUGAUGUUGAGGUAGGGUUAUGACUUUGUAAAGGUGGGAGGCUCCAGCUGAUCACAUAUCAACACGACUCUCUCUACUACAUCAGUCUCUAAUGUUCGCAUAAAUUGCCAAGUACUUUCAUCACACCAAGGAAUGGCACUGAGAAACCUAGGGACAGCUUUAUCAAGGCUGUCUUUGACUACCAUCACCAGAGGUGGUGUAUCGUCUGCAAGCAGCUUGCAGCAGCAUUUGGAUUAUAUAUCCUCCCUGCCAUUUGCUAGCACAACCACAACUUGCAGCAUCUCAUCCAGCAUGGCAGCUUCUACAACUAUGUCCAGUAGCUGUGUGACAUCUUCAGCUGUAUCCAAUCCACUCAUAUUUUCUCCCCAGGUAAGAAAACUGACUACAUCUGGAGCCCGCACAGCAUCGCUGCAGCAGAUGCACCGUACUGGACCAAUUCAGAAAAUACGCAAGAACAAGAACCCUUUGGUCAACAGGCCUUUUGCUAGAGGUGUUGUUCUGAAAACACUAAUCAAGAAACCCAAGAAGCCCAACUCUGCUAACCGCAAGUGCGUGUUGGUACGACUUACAACUGGCAGAGAGAUGGUUGCAUAUGUGCCAGGACAAGGUCAUAACCUGCAGGAGCACAACAUUGUCUUGGUUAGACCUGGAAGGUUGCGAGAUGUUCCUGGUGUCAAGCUCAAAUGCAUCCGGGGCAAGUAUGACCUCAUGCAUGUUGUCAAGAAAAAACAGUAAGUUUGCCAUCAGUGGUAACUAUCUCCAACACAAAGAAGAGACAGUGUGUGAGUAUGGGGGCAAGAUGUGCUUCCAACACAUUUUCAAGAAGAGAUAGCAAAGGGUCCCUGUGUCAAAUGUCAUCUCAAGAUGGUCAUUAAAAAUGGGCAGAGCCUUACAUGUCCUUACCUAUAUCUCCUCUUCAGAGACAAGUCAAAAGUAUAUAUACAUCCUCAUUAAUUAUACCCAUAAAAACAUAAUAAAAUUAAGACAUCAUUAUGGUACCAAGACAACUAACAAGGCAUUUUAUGACUAAUUUCUCACUAACAUGUUUUUAACAAAGUUUGAUGUACUAAUCAGCAGGUUCUGUGAUCGCUACAAGAAAGUGUAAAAAUCAUUGAUGUUAAAAUGUCCAUAGAAACAUACUCUUUGGUGACUAAAUAUGCUGAUGAUAGAAGCUCAUUUGUUGUUAAAAAAAAAACAUAAGCAUUUCCUAAUAGUAAAACUAGAUAUUUACUGCAUGUGCUUGGGUCCUGUCAUUCAUAGUUCACUGUCAAAACCUUUCAUCACCUUUCUCAGAUAUUAGUACAGUAUAAUAUUAGAAAAAUCAAUCUAUCUCUUAGUUCACUUAGCUAUUUUUGAGACUUUAGACAAGCAUUGUAUUACCUGGUUAUACAAAGACCAGCAUUGUAUAACCUGAUUCAUUCUUGACCUUUGGAUCGAGUUAAUUUAUGAGCUUGUAGUUGUAGGAGAUUUAGUAAGAAUGUAUGUUACAACACUUUUUGUACAUUGUCAUAGAUAAUUUAUUACAACUCAGUAGAAGUAACUGAAGAGUUAACUGUUUAUUAAAGUUAGUAAGAGCUAGCUUUCCUGUUCAGUCCUUAUAUAAAACUGCAGCUUAGUGUAAUAAAUGUAAAGACUGAUGAGUGUUUGUAUUUACUUCUUAACCCUCUACAAAGUGAUGGAUUUCUAAUUGCUACAUGAAAUUAUUUGUUAUUUAACAGAUGGUAUUCCCAAUAAAACUUAUUGCUGUCCUUUCACAUUUGCAUUUUAUGAAGUGUUAUUCAAUUUUUAGUUUUUUUUUAUUAUGUAUAUUUUUGAACUAUGAUUCUGCUUAUACAAGAGAUUAGAAAGUACCUUGCUUCUUUUCUCAGCCAAAAUGUUCAAAUUAGUGUAGCAAAGAUGUUUGUAAGAGUGUAGUAAACAAGGCAUUAACUUUCAAUUUACAGUAAAAAAUAAAGUAACUAGAAUACGUAAA